ACAAAANACAUAGGAGAAUGGCAAUGCACAAAAAGCUUCAAAUCCUCAGAGCCCUCACCAAAUCAAAAUCAGUGAAAAAGAGCUCUAUCAUCAUGGAUGCCUUUUUCUAUAUCAGAAGCUUGAGGCUCCAAGUUGAAGCAAUCCAGAAAGAGUACCAAAACCUUAUAAAUCAUAUCCAGGAAGUGAAAGUGGAGAAGAUUGGGAUGGGAUAUUUACUAGUGAGGAUAACAUGCAAGAAAGGCGAAAAAUUGUUGGUCUCGAUACUUGAGGCGUUUGAGGAGAUGAACAUAAUCGUCUUGCAGGCGAAGCUCACGAGCAAGCACUUUUUCGGUAUGGAGGCUAUCGUCAAAGCUGAUCAAGUUGAUGAAUCGACCUUGAAUCAGGCCAUUCUCAAGAUCAUCAAAAUGCAGAUGGACAAUUAACUGAACUUGAUAUUAUUAAGAAACUAAAAGAAAAAAUGGGGGGAAAAUCAAGUAGUGCUUUUUUAAGAGAGAAAGGGAAAAAAAAAAAAAUAAUUGUUGUAAAUUGACCUGGUGUUUUAUCAAUCCUGUUUUGUGAUUAUAUGUGUUGAGAUUUGAGAAGGGUUAUUGAGAGUUCAUGUUUGGAAAUUAUUAUUAUCUUGUUUUGUUAAUUUCAAGAUUAUUGUUAACUGUUAAGGUUUCAACUAUUUUACGUGUCCGGCUUGUGUGCUGAGUGAGUAUAGUAAAUGAUUAGUUUUAUUUCUACAUAAAUUUUGAAACUGCUUAACAAUUUGGGAACUGUUCAACAAUUUGGUGGGUCGAUCAAUUAUAAUUUUGAACAAAAAUAUAUUACGGUUAGGUUUUACCCAAUAAAUGUCGCAAAUGAAAUUAUAGUUGUCUCACUGUUCAAACAUAUUUAAUUUCUGAAUUGAAACUUGAUUAGAUAUGCAC